AUGAAACUAUCUACACCAGUGGUACGCAAAGUCCAUGUCGGUCUGAUCGGCUGUGGCGAGAUUGCGCAGGUGGUGCACAUUCCCACCUUGAAUUUCCUCUCCGACCUCUUCCAAAUCACCUAUCUCUGUGAUAUCUCCCGCUCCUCGCUCACCCACUGCAAGGCCAAAGUUAUAGGCCUCGAAGCUCCCGAGACCACAACCGAUCCCGAAGAACUGUGCGCAUCCCCACGGGUCGACGUUGUCUUCAAGCCCAUGGCACUCAAUGAUCGCGAUACCAAUGCAAAUAUUGAGGCUGAAAAGGUGUCUGAGGGUCGGGUCAUGGUGGGAUACAUGAGACGAUUUGCCCCGGCGUUUGAAGACGCAAUUCGCGAGAUCGGCGGAAUGGACAAGAUCCUCUACGCCCGCGUGAGAGACAUCAUCGGACCCAAUGCCACAUUCGUAGAGCAAUCUGGAACAUUCCCCCAAAAGGCCACCGACUCCGCUGCCGAAUAUACAGAGGAUCGGAAUGCGCGCAGCGGAGAUUGUCUCCCAGGGGAUGCAGAAGGAGGCGGGCAAAGUGCGAUCUUCGAAUAUCCCACCUUCUCCGUGACCUACGAGCCUGGCCUGGACUCUGUGCCGCGCUUCGACGCGCACAUUGAAGUCUAUAGCGCGACCAAGACCGUUCGCGUCCAGUACGACUCGCCUUAUAUCAAGGGAUUGCCCAUCACAAUGCAUGUGCAGGAGAACAUUGACAGUGGGUUUAAAGAGAGCGUGAUCCGCAGGACAUAUGAGGAUCCAUACACGACAGAGAUGAAGGAAUUGUAUGCGAUGAUGGCUGAUGGCAAAGCGAUCAAAACAACGGCCGAGGAUGCAAAGAAAGACCUCGAAACUUUUAGAAUGCUUGUGCGAUCAGCAAGUACUAAUGGAAAAUGA